UCUCGUAUUGCAGGUCUAGAGACCUUCGUCUCCGUUUCUAAGACGCUGCCAUCGCCUGAAAUAUAUGAUGUGGUGGAGGGAUAUGUAAAAAUUUCCAUGGAGUGUGCUGAAAUAUUCAAACUUUUGGAUGGAGAAAGGAAGCCUGAAAGUGAAAUGCUAUUAAUCUUUCAAGCUCUAGAAGCCAUUUUACUGAGGACAGCCAGUGACCUCUCCCAUUUUUCUGUUGUGGGAAUGAACAUAGUCAAAAAGUUGAUUCAUUCCUACAUGAGAUUGGUCUAUGCUGCUUUGUAUUCUGAAAAUUACAGGAUGAGCCGAGUGUGCCUUACCCUGUUGUCAGCAAUGGUGGCUCAGGGGCCAGAUUCAGCAAGGGAUGUGUACAGCCAUUUUGAUUUCAAUAACAAGUUUUUGCCUGGAUUAUUGAAAAAAAGAUGUAAGAAGGGGGGAACUGAUGUCCGUAUGGCCUAUAUUCAGUUUGCUCUCUCCUUUUUAAUUGCUGGUGAUAACACAAUCUUGACACAGGUGCUGGAAUUAAAAGAUUUCAUUCCAGAUAUUCUUCGUUCUGAAAUAAAGGAAGACAAAGUUUCUACUGUCAAUCUUCUGCUUUCCACACUGAGAAGUAAGGUGGUUCAAAAUAAAAAUAUCACCAAAACCCAGAAGGUGCGCUUUUUUACUGCAGAAGUGUUGAUUCACAUUGCUUCACUUUACCGGUGGAAUGGGAUUACUGAUGUCAGCCCUGGGGAUCUAAAGGUGACUCAAGGUUCUGAAGAGGUGGGAAAGAUGAUGGUACGGGAGCUUGUUCAUAAUUUCUUAAUGGACCUCUGCUGCUCUCUGAAACAUGGCAUAACUUUCUAUGAUCCAAGUCUUGGAACUUCUGGCAAGGGAGGAAAUGUGGUGCUUCUGCGCUUUCUGCUUGGUUUAAAAACUGCAACAGAAGAUGAAAUGGUAGCUGAUCUGAUGGUGAACAUUCUUAAAGUAUGCCCAGAUUUAUUGAAUAGAUACUUUAAGGAGGCCCAGUAUUCCUUUGUUCCUAGACUGAAGUCAGCUUGGAUGGACAAUAUGAAGUUACUCAGAAAGAUCUAUGAGGCUCAACCAGAGAUUUCCAAUUCUUUUAAGACUUCAGAGUUUAUUCCUCUUCCCAGGUUACUUUCUAUGGUGAUGGUAACAACAGUCCCUGCAGUAUGUAAUAAAACAAUGUUCACCCAAGGACUAAAUUUGGCCAGCACAGCAGUGAAGCACAGCAUACUGUCACUUGUGUCAAUGGUUCUGAGAAGAGCCUUGAAGAAUAUUGAGUACUGUUUGAAUGAAGAAACUUGGCAAAAGUCAGAAAUCUACACACUGUCCAUGAUGCAGGAGUUUGUACAGCUGUACAGAGAAGCCAUCAGUAAGCUUUUACCAGACAUGAACAAUAUAGUGGCCGUCUGGCAGUCUCUUCUGAAGCAAGGGAGAGAACACCACGAUGGCCACGAGGAGAAAAGGGAAGGAGAUACCUCCACUGUGAAGGCAAUGACUGAGACAGUGGAAGUUGCUGAACAGCAUGGUUCUGAUGAUGCUGAGACACUGUUUCUGAAAGCUGCACUACUUCAAGUCAUAUGCCUGUACCAGAAGGUCGUGCCCCACUUGGUAACACGGAGCAACUUUGAUUUUAGCAAGCUGCUAAAAGGUAUCGUCACUGAAAAGGGCCUCCGAGAGGAGGUCCCUCCUGUUUUGCAGUACCAUAUACUGAAAGUGGCUUUGGAACUUCCUGCAAAUAAAUUUGCCUGGUUCAGAGUACAGGAUGUCUCUGAGACAGAGAAGGUAUCUGGUGAAAAAUCUGUAUUCUAUUUACUGAUGAAAAUGUUUGUUACAAGUAACCAUUCUCAUCUGAAAAUUUCAACCAAAAAACUGAUCAUCAAGGUUUUACGUGACAGCGGAGUGUUUGAGUACACGUGGAAGGAACUUUCAGUUUGGCUGGAACACUUGGAUAAUACAAAAGAAGACAGAAAGGAAGCAGUGAUUCAAUUUUUGGAAAGGAUCCUGUUGAAACUGGUGACAAACCCCUAUCCAUAUACAGAUAAAGCAGCAGACCUUGUUCAGGAGGCCAGUAUGCUCCAAGUUAAUAUAUUUAAACAAGACUCUGAUAACGUCAGCAUCCCCAUCUCUCACAUUGAUGAUGUCCUAGAUAUGGUGGAUGUCCUAAUUGAGGGCAGCGAUGGCUUGGAUGAAGAAAUUGGGUUCACUUUAAAUGAAGACACGGUCAUCCAAACAUUUCCAUUCAGUGCUGUUGUCCCUGCUGCAUUAGAAGCCAGGAAUAUACUGUUGCUUCAGACUGAAAAUGGAACAGGAGCACACAUUGUGGAGUAUCUUGUUGCUGUUUUCACUGACCUCCUGCACUCUCAAAGAGAUCCCCUUGCCCUCUGCCUGAUGUUCCAGCUCUAUGAUAAAGAUCUGAAAGUUCUGCUGAAAGUUUCUAAGUAUCCUCAGCUCUACCAAUUUAACCAGUACUAUAACCUCUGGAUACCCCAGCAAUCCCAGCAACCUCUGUUUAAAAAAUGCAAAGAGGUGUGCAAAGAACCUGCUGUGGCCCUGGAUUCUGUAUUUACCAGUUUGCUAAAGAAAGCCUAUGAGAGAGGAAGUGAUACCUUACUGGAAGACGAUAUCCAGACAAAGUUGAGAGAUUUGGCUUCCCAUCUCCCGCCUGAACAACUUUUGUUAGGAGUAAAGCAUGUGUUGCUAUACCUGAAAUCCACAGUGGAGAACUUUGGCAGUCUUAGUAAAACUUUUGGUCCUGCCCUUGUUGACCUCUGUGUGGACCUGCUGAGCAGCUUGUUGUGCCGGGCAAAUCAGAUAGAGUUGGAUAAUCAGCAGAAACGAGAAAAGCAUCAGACUGAAUCAGAUCUCUUCAUGGAUGAGGAAUCUCUGGUUAUGGAGGAGUCUUCAAAUGACAAGACACUAGAAGAUACACUCAUGUUGAUUUUCAGACAUCCUACGCUGGAGAGUUGGUUCCUGGCUUUAGAACAACGUUCUCUUCCUCAGCACAGUUUAAACCCUCUCACUGUGAAGCUCCUGUCAGCUCGCCUCAAUUCCGGUGUGCUCCAGCUAUUGAAAAUGGGUGCCCCAAUGUUGCAGAGCAUGGAUCACAAACGUGUGUUAUCGAAGUAUUUUGAAGCUAUCACAAAAAGUGUCUUGAAAGAGCUACAGGCUGUGGGGAAAGGCAGGAUCCAGGUCUCUCCCAAGAAGUCUCACCAGCUGCAGGCUCUGGAGGAAUUGCAGAUAUACAUGGCUGCAGCUCAGCUGAAGGAGAUCACUUCAGCCAUGCUGGGACUUCCUGAGAUGAGCUUGACUACUCAGAAAUCUGAAAAAUCCCCUAAAAAAGGGAAACAAUUAAGCUUCUAUGGACAGAUUUUGGUGCAGCUUCUCACAGAGAGCUACCAAAGGCAGCCCCAACAAGGAGAACUACUGCUAUCCACAGAGCACAUUAAAACUUUGGGGAUAUUGAUGUCAGCAUCAGCCAGCAAAGAUCUUGAGAAGGUUUUCCUUCAGGCUCUCCAAAGCGAGCCAGUCCUUGCACACGCAGUCAGUGUAGAGGUGCACGUUCACUGCCUUAACCAGAGGUCAGAAACCUCCCUUGCCAUUGUGGGCAUACUGAUAAAACACUGUAGGACUCACCUGCUGCAGUUUGAGCUGUGGUGUCUGAGCAGUGACAUGGGAAAGUACCUCAGGAAAAACAUGGAGACCUUUCUUCCACUCAUUAAUAUGUAUUUGCAAUGCAGAGACCAGUAUGAUUUCACUCGACCUUCCACAGUUGUCUCAGCUGUUAUACCUGUCUUGAGGAAAGCUCUGUGGAAGGAGCUCUGCAGUGUGUUUCAAGACACAGAAGCGUCACAUGAGACUACUGUGAAACUGCAAGUCCUUUCAAAGUUGUUGCCAUCUUCGGAAAGCAAAGGGUUGCGAAACCUUAUUGACCUGCUUCCUGCUGCUCUUGAGAAAGCAGAAAAUAAUGAGAGUUGGACAGUGGCAGAUGCUAUAUCUAGAGUGCUUGAAAACUCUGAAGAGCUGAAUUCCUGGAGGAGACGCCUGUUAUCAGCCUGCAUGAAGGGGUUAAUUGUCAUGUACAACAGCAGUAAAGAUGAAAGAAAGCAAGAAGUGGAGAGGUCCAUGCUGCUGAGGCUAGAAGAAUUAUUGCGCUUUGUUGAAGAAGUGGACCCAGAUGACUGGUACAGCCUUGUGAAGACAGGACUCAAGUACCGCUACACAGAUGAAGCAUUUUUGAAAGUCCUGAAUAUUGCUAUUCAGUUAUUAUACAAGAAAGAAUCCUCACUUAGUCAGAGAUUAGUCAAGCUCUCCAAACUUCACAUGAUGGUCACGCAGCACUCUCUAUUUUUGUCAGCCAUACUGAGGUCAAGAGAAGAAGAUGGCACAAACACCCAGACGAGAGAGGCCUUGGUGGAUAUCCUGCUGACAGUUGUGAAACUCAGCCCUUCUCUGUGUGAGAGCAGUCACCUUGCCGUGUUGUUGGGUGCCUACGGGGCUACGCUGAGUGCUGUAGAUCAGAAGAUACUGCUACUGCUUCAGUUCUAUGAGAAGAAUAAUCAAAGUCUUAUAAAUUCCAGAAUCCUGCUAUGGGGUCCAGCCGCUGUGGAGCAUCACAAGACUUGCAAGAGUCUAGGGAAGUCACUAUGGCAGCAGCCAAGCAUGGAGGAGAUUCUGUGUCUGCUAGACCGAGAAAAGAUGAUGAGGACAAUUCUGUCUUUCCCUCAGCAUCGCCGUCUUCUGUCAUCACAGGAGGUACAAGAAUCACUAUAUAGAGAUGAAAGUGUCAAGAGUCUUGAUGACUUCUAUGAUCCUCGUUUUCUACUUCAGCUCUUUAGUGAACUGACCAGACCAG